AUGGCGAUGCAGAGCAGCCCGACGGGCCACGGCUGGGGGGCGCGUCUUCAACAGGGGUCGCGCCCAGGCUGCUCUGCUGGAGGUGGAGGCGAUGCCGCGGCGGCCGAUGAGUAUACGAAGGUGUUGGAAGCAAGGCGCCUAAGCAGCCGUGAACAACCUAUUCAGCAGCAGAUCGCGAAAGCAUUCAAUGUUGCACGUUCCGUUGAGGACAGAUUGGGAAGAACGGUUUCUCGGGUUAAGGCAUCACUGGAUACUCAACGUGCCUUGGUCGGUCGGCCCCAGGCGGAAUAUCAGCAAGCUGACGAUCUUCACAAGCAGUUGGUCACGCAAUUACUUUCCCAGGUCGUUGAGAAGCUCAUUGGCGAAAAGCUCGCUGUUUGGUCAGUUCGUUCAAUCCUGUUUGGUUCCAUUGAAGAGAUUCCGGCUUCCUGGGGGAAUCUGGUUGGCGAAGCGGAGAGCAGACUCACGCUGUCUCAGGAGGACAAGGAUGCCGCCGACCAACUCGCCACCCAGCUCAAGCAGGCCCUCAAGCAGGCGACCGAGACGUUGUUCUAG